AUGGACUUUGCCCAAGCGCAUGCCUCCAAGCUUCGCCAGCCGGUCGGUACCCAAUGGAGCCAAGACGCCUCGGGCGCACAACUGCCGUCCAUCCUGCCAUCCCUCCCAGAAGAAGGAGCAGCACGCGCCCAGAGUGGGUUUUCCGAGCUUGGCGCCAAGUCUGAGGGCGACCCGGACCUCUGUUCGGUGUGCAUGGACCGCAAGAUCCAGACCGUCUUCCUCGAAUGCGGGCACCUCGCGUGUUGCAAGGAGUGCUCGAAACGCCUCCGGGACUGCCCCAUCUGCCGUCGACCCAUCUCGCGUGUUGUACUUAUAUAUCGCGCAUAA